AUGUACGAUGUCCCUACAACUCUGGAAGAGUAUAGGAUAAUUUACGCAAAGUCCAUACAAGAUCCGGAGCACUUCUGGGCAGGGAAGGCACGAGAACUGCUGCACUGGUAUCAGGACUUCCAGACUAUUCACACAGGCAAUUUCAGCGACGGGGACAACGCUUGGUUCUUGGAGGGCCGUUUGAAUGCCUCCUACAAUUGCAUUGACAGGCAUGCACUUCGAGAUCGUCACAAGAUUGCUAUAAUUUCUGAAGCUGAUGAGCCAGGAAAUGAACGAAGCAUAACGUACGGAGAACUACUUCGUGAUGUUUCUCGUUUGUCCUAUAUCCUCAAAGAUAUGGGGGUCAAAAAAGGAGAUGUUGUGGUUAUUUAUCUUCCAAACAUACCGGAGGCACUUGUAGCAAUCUUGGCAUGCUCAAGAAUUGGAGCUGUUCACUCGGUCGUUUUUAUGGGAUUUUCUGCUGCAUCUUUGCGUGACAGAAUCCUUGACGCACGCUCCAAGUUCAUAAUAACUACCGAUGAAGCCCGGCGCGGUGGUAAGACAAUUGCAACCAAGGUGAUCGUUAACGAAGCUCUCUUGCAAUGCCCUCUCGUUUCGGGCUGCCUUGUGCUCAGAUACACUGGCUCUGACGUUCCUUGGAGUCCUUCGCGGGAUCUUUGGUGGCAUGAAGAAGCAGGAAAAUGGCCCGCAUACUUUCCUCCCGAAUCAAUGUCUGCCGAAGACCCCUUGUUUUUGUUGUAUACUUCUGGCUCUACCGGCAAGCCCAAGGGUUUGAUGCAUACCACAGCGGGUUUUCUUUUGGGGGCUGCGAUUACUACCAAAUAUGUCUUUGAUCUACAAGAGUCAGAUCGGUAUUUUUGUGCCGGGGACAUUGGAUGGAUUACGGGCCAUACAUACCUAGUCUAUGGACCACUUCUACUUGGAAGUACAACGGUCAUAUUUGAGGGUACGCCUUCAUACCCAACCUUCUCUCGAUUCUGGGAUAUUAUCGACAAGCAUGGUAUUACUCAUUUCUAUGCUGCACCUACUGCCCUCAGAAUCCUCAAGCGGGCAGGUCCCUCACAUAUAACCGCACCUAUGAAAAAGUUGAGGGUCCUGGGAUCAAUAGGAGAACCAAUUGCACCGGAAGUUUGGAAGUGGUAUUACGAGACUGUAGGCCGAGGGAGAGCAUAUAUUGUAGACACUUAUUUCCAGACUGAGACUGGAUGCCAUGUUGUUACGCCUCUCGCGGGUUCUAUCCCAACCAAGCCUGGGAGUUGCACAGUCCCAUUCCUUGGUAUUGAACCAGUUAUUAUUGACUCAAUCUCAGGGGCUGAGCUCCAGGGAAGCAAUGUAGAAGGAAUUCUGGCCAUUAAGCACCCUUGGCCUAGUAUGGCACGCACUGUCUGGCGUGAUCAUGACAGAUAUAUGGGCACAUACUUCAACAUCUAUGGCGGAUACUAUUUCACAGGUGAUGGAGCAUAUCGUGACGAAGAUGGCUACUACUGGAUUCGUGGUCGCGUUGACGAUGUCGUUAAUGUUUCAGGACACAGGCUAUCAACCGCUGAGUUGGAAGCCGCCCUUCUUGAAAAUGCCCACGUUGCCGAGGCAGCAGUUGUGGAAAUGAAUGACGAGCUUACAGGACAAGCACUUGUUGCGUACGUUUCUUUAAAAGAAAGCUGUACUGAUACAGGAAUCAUGAAAAAAACACUCAUUGAGCAGGUCCGGAAAUCAAUUGGAUCAUUUGCAGCUCCGAAAGCUAUCUAUUUUGUUAGCGAUCUUCCAAAAACUCGCUCUGGAAAAAUUAUGCGCCGUGUUUUGAGGAAGAUCCUAGAUGGAGAGAGAGAGAGCUUCGGAGAUACAUCUACCCUUUUGAACCCUUCCAUAAUUCAAAGCAUCAUUGAAGUUGUUGAAGAGGGGGCCAGUGAUGGAAAGAAUUAA